AUGGGUGUAAUUCGUAAGAAAACAGCCACCAGAGGUGGCGAGGGGGGUGUCAAAUAUGUCUGUGAUGCCUGCUCUGCAGACAUCACGUCAACGGUACGAAUAAGAUGCGCCCACCCUGCCUGCAACGAAUACGAUCUUUGCGUACAAUGCUUCUCCAGCGGUACCUCCAGCAACUCCCACCAGCCGUCCACGCACCCUUAUAAAGUGAUCGAACAAAACUCCUUUCCGAUAUUUGAUGCCGAGUGGGGGGCAGACGAGGAGCUUCUUUUGCUAGAAGGCUGUGAGAUAUACGGUCUUGGAUCAUGGGCCGAUAUUGCCGACCAUAUCGGCGGCUACCGAAAUAAAGACGAAGUCCGUGAUCAUUACAUCAAAACGUACGUCGAAUCGCCAUGUUUCCCGCUUCCCAAGCGGUGCCGCCCGACGGACAUGGAGUUGGCACAGGAGAUAUCUCGCGAGGAAUUCCAAGCGCGAAAGAAGCGGAGGAUCGAUGAUCGCCGGGAUGCACUCAAAAAUGCACCACCAAUGCCUCCAAAGACAAAACCCACGGCGAGUGUACCGUCGUGUCACGAGAUUCAAGGUUACAUGCCGGGUCGUCUCGAAUUCGAGACCGAGUACGCGAAUGAGGCAGAAGAGGCAGUUCAGCUGAUGCAGUUUGACCCUGGCGAUGGCAUCAAUCCCAGGACCGGUGAACUGGAGCCAGAAAUGGAGUUGAAGCUGACGGUGAUGGACAUCUACAACGCCCGGCUCACCCAGCGUGUCGAUCGUAAAAAGGUCAUCUUUGAGCACAACCUGCUUGAUUACAGAGAGAACCAAAAAGUGGAAAAGAGGAGGACCAAGGAAGAAAAGGAACUUCUUAACAGAGCCAAGCCUUUCGCCAGGAUGAUGAACCACGACGACUUCGAGUCUUUCUCCCAGGGGCUUGUCGAUGAACUGAACCUGCGGCAAGCGAUCGCGCAACUACAAGAAUGGCGGAAUCUCAAGAUCGGAGAUCUCCGGAGCGGAGAAAAGUAUGAGCAAGAGAAGGCCACACGGCAGCAGAGGUCGGUGCCGAUGGGAUCCAUGGACCGUGAACGGCUGGCUACGGCCCAACGUUCCAAGCAAAACGUCCAGCCAGAGCCGCCAAGCGGUGCAGCACUCCUGGUUGCGCCCGAACUACCUUUGCGACCAGCUGCCAACGGUGCAGCAUCGCAAGGCAACCAAGAUGCUCCCAAUGGCGAGCAGAAGUCUCUCACGAACGGACAUACCAAUGGUGUCCCUAACGGCGUCGAGUCGACACCCGCAAAACAAAAAUACGUCCCUCAACCUGUCUCUGGUCUCCAACCACUGGAGCUCACUCUGAACAAUGCGCCAGACGUCCAUCUCCUCAAUUCGGUUGAAGUAGAGCUCUGCAAGGUGUUACGAAUACAGCCAAAGCCCUACAUAAUGAUAAAGGAGCAAGUCCUGAAAGAGGCCUUGAAGGGCAAUGGUUCCCUCAAGAAGAAGCAAGUGCGAGAAAUUUGCCGACUAGAUUCCCAAAAGGGCUCGAAGAUAUUCGAUGCCUUCGUCAACUGGGGAUUCAUAAGUAAGGCCUAA